AAUAAAUGAGUGACAUUGGACAAAUUAGGAAAGCAAAGAAGAUUGAGAAGAUUAAGAAGAACAGUACAUUCAGCAUCAAUCAGAGAGCUUUUAACCCUAAAUGGAAAAUAGCCAAGGGCAGGUUUAUAAAUAAGUUGGGUAAAAUUAAAAGAGCUCCAAGAAAAGCCCAAACUGAUUAUGAAAAAAUCAGCAAGGAACGAUUCCUGAGAAUCAAAAGUUUCUCUCCUGCCAACAAGAUCUUAAAAAGAGGCACCAAAGAGACUAAUUUCAUCGAAAAGAAAGCCAGUAGAAACAUUCCUAAACUUAGCAUGUUCUCAAGGAAAAAUAAUCCUAGAGUACUCAGCCCAGUUGCCAAAAUGAUGAACAAGCUUGUUUUACAUGGCUAUAAUUCGCAGGACUCCUCGUCAAAAAGGAGCUCUAAAAGAGGAACUCCAUUUUCUAAAUAUUCAAACAAGAGGAUAAUUUUCAACUUCAAGCCAAAGUUCUCAAAGUUUAACAAGCCAGACAAAAUUAAGAAGCUGUCUAACAGCAGGAUAUCCAAGAUAUUUGGAGAUUUCUCUCCCUCAUCUUCAAAGCAUAAUGUAUCUGUGAAUCAAAGAUAUAAUGAUCUUUCUACUUUGCAGACACCUUCAGAGCAAAGAAGUGUCUUUAGAAGAAGAAUAUCUCAUUGAGGGCCUUCGAACUCUAUAUUUCAGAACUUUGAGGUUUACAACUCGAUUAACCAAGAAGAAAGUCCUGCCAAUAUUCUUGCUAAUUUUCAGGAUUGCAUUGAUGAUUCAACUGAAAACAUCUAAUUCCUUGAUUAUGCAAAUAACUGAUAAAGAGAUUCCUCAGAUGAUUGCAUAUUCGAGAUAAUACUAAGUUUUUAUAAGAAAUUCAUAGAUUCAUGAAUCAAAGUUAACCUUAUUUUAGCUUAAAUCUCUAUUCAAAAAUUCAAAGAGAUUUUAAUAGUUUGGAUCUAAACAGGAAAUAAGGACUUGCUCAGGUUAUUAUACUAACCUUUUUCUUAAGAUAGAAAAUUCAUUUUCGACCAAGAGGAUGGUAGAUCUAGGAUACACUUUCAUAAACCUUGUAAAUUAGUAGACAUAAAGCCUGUGGAUCAGUUUUAAAGUUUACCUAUGCUAUAGAUGAAACCCAGGCUUUUUAAUUUUUCUAGCUCUUUGCUGUUUCAGCAGAGAAAUGCUAUUGAAAUUCAGCUAAAUUUCAUUUGAGUUAUGAAUCCAUGAUGAGCAAGUUAGUAAUUUAUCUCUAAAUCAGCUUU